ACAUCUGGCAGCUGGCCGUGGAUGGGCUCUCUACAACGGACUACAGGAGAGCACAUAUGUGGAUGUACAUUGAUUGACGAAAAUUGGGCGAUAACAGCAGCUCACUGCAUUGAAAAACAUUAUGAUAAUGAACUUCAAAUAUUGUUCGGAAGUACUUCUUUGGAAAAUCUUUCCCCAUAUCACCUAGUCGUGAAAGUGGCAAUGAUUUUUCCACAUCCUAAAUACACUACGACCACUGAAGGUUACGACAUUACCCUGCUGAAGUUAGCUAAAGGUGUGCCAUUUACGGAUUACAUCCGUCCAGCUUGUUUGUCUUUAAACCAAACUCAGUUUCAGUCUGGUCACAGAUGUUUUGUAUCUGGUUGGGGAUUUGAUGGAACAGGUAAGUUAGUAACUAUUACUCUUUUAGUGGCCGUUUUCUUCCGAAGACACAUUGACGGAAUUCGUUAACAAAAAAAAAUUUCUUAACAAGGGAAGUUAAGACAUUUGUUCAUACAAUGUUAAUGGUCUCUCUUUGUGGACUGCGGAAUAUUAGGCACUAAUAAAAGAAAAUUCACUUAGUUUACUUAUUAUUCACAUACAUAAAUUGAAACAACUUCUAUAGUAUGUAGCAUUUCAAUAUGAAGUAAGCGAAUUAAUAAAUACCAGGUAAUGACUGGUAUAAAAUCAAAGAGGUAAUCUAGGACAGAAAGGGAGGCCAAAGCUUAUUAGGCCUACCUAUAGUAAAAUUAGUUGCAAAUGAGGCCUAAAAGCUAUAUAACUUUAAAUUAGUAAAGAAACCGGUUUUAACACGGAUAUAUACAGUCAACGAAAGAAGGAGACAAUAUAUUUAUAGACAUGUACCAGAAAAGACAGUUUAAUGUGAGUGUGAUAUCCACAUCGAAUAUCAGAAACAAUUCCUUCCAUCAUUUUGAAGCAAGAUAAAAGGCCUAUAGGCCUAAACCAGUAGACAUACAACGAUGUUACGUCGUUUGAAUUACCAAAUCAAAAUUAUACGAACGAAAUAAAACAGAAUGCUUCAAAAGUGCGUUCAAAUUAUGUUAUUGAAAUGUGAAAUCUAACGGUUGUUACACUUUUUCUGAUGCACUUUAUCUCAACAAUUUUGUUUAAUCAUAGUUCAUUCAGUAUGGUAUCUAGUAUUAUAAAAGUACAGUGUAUGUGUGGGGGUGGGGUUGUGCAAACUUUAUACCUUAAAAAAGUUCGAACCAAAAUUUACUCAUAAAGAUUAGCACAUUACAGGUAUUAUUACUUUGACUUGUUGGUUACUUGAUUUAUUGGUCAGAAUAUGCUUAAAUAAUGAAUAUGAAU